AUGUCACUCGCCAAAAGUUCUUCGCCUGAGAACCUCAGUGAUAAGAGUAUGAAUUCGACUUUACCGGACGAAACUCCGUCAAUCAAGAGUAGUAGCGAGAAGAAUCUAAACCUGGUUGAACCAGAAACGGAAUUACCCACCUUAUCUAAUAGUCCAAGCUCAACCGCAGUGAAUGAUAAAAACCAUCAAGUUGGGGAACGGGUUGAAAGCGAUAAUGACCUCUCUAUACCGAGAAGGUACCGAUUCAUAGCAUUUAGCAUGAUCAUCUUCUUCGCGACUGGUUCGUCCUUCUUGCAGGCUAUCACCAGUCCUCUCAAAUCUACUUUCAAGAAGGAACUAGGAGUGACCAACGCACAAUACGGUGCGAUCGCGUCUGCGUCAAGUCUCGUCAAUACAAUCUUACCUAUAAUCGGUGGUGUAGGAAUGGAUUACUGGGGUGCUACUUACGCGGCAAUUAUAUCGAGUGUAUUCAUCUUAGUUGGUGCUAUCGUAGCUUCCAUCUCAGCAAAUGUGAAUAGUUAUGGUUGCCUGAUCGGAGGUAUGAUUCUCAUGGGAUUUGGUUCCACUGUAAUUGAAUCUACCCAAUCUAAAUUAUACGCCCAUUGGUUCCGAGGUCGUUCCCUUGCAUUCGUCUUCGCACUGGACAUAGCGUGGAACAGAAUAACCUCAAUCUUCUCCAAGGCCUCCGCUGUACCCAUGUCAGAGAUCAACGGAUGGUGGGGAUGGGCAUUAUGGAUACCUACUAUAGUGUGCGCGGUCAAUCUCGGGAUGGUUUUGGUAUAUUGGUAUUUCGAAAGAGCCCUUCCGGAAAAGUAUAAACCUGUAUUGGGGAAGAAUGCAGAGAUCAGGCAAGAGAAGAGUAAAGGAAGAAGGAAGAUCAGUUGGGAUACUUUGACUAGCCUUCCAAUGUUCUUUUGGAUCUUAUGUGGUACUCAAUUAUUCCAAAAUUCCGCUGUUAGCGUGUACACUUCGAACCUAGCCGAUAUCCAGACCUUCACUAGGGGUACAUCCAAAUUGGCAGCAGGAUACAACUCUUCUUUACAGGGUAUCAUACCGAUCAUCUUGACUCCUGCUACUGGUUGGUUCUUCGAUAAAUUCGGUUAUAGAAUGGUAUUUGUCUCCUGGACAGCUAUCCUUUACAUCAUUGUAUUCUCUUUAAUCGGCUUCACCACGGUUCAUCCCCUAUGUCCCAUCUUGAUUUCGUCUUUCGCAUUGACCACGAACGCGAUAACGUUCAUCGCUUCCAUACCCGUUUUAGUAGGUGAUGACAGAUUGUUGGGUACUGCUUUUGGAGUUUGGAAGGCAUUCCAAAAUGGAAACUCUGCUGUACUUGACGUAGCUGCAGGAGCUAUUCAAGACCGAACUCCCAAUGGAUCCUACGACAGAGUUCUAUACCUCAUCAUCGCCAUCAAAGCUAUUGAAGUGUGUCUUGGACCAGUAUACGAUUAUCUUGAUGGGAAAUGGCUGGGGCAUUCGUUAAGAUUACCCGAAAAGAAACGAUUGCUCCUGAGGAAAGAAGCUUUGGACAAAGAAAUAGAUUAUCCUGGAUGGAGAAUUAAUAAGAUUGUCACAAGGGUUGUUGGAGUGGAGCUGGUAGGGCUAAUCAUCACAGCUUGGGUUGUCUAUAUCAUCUAUUCCUUAGGUACAUAA